CCUCCACCUCUCUCACAGAGAGUAGAAAAUCCAAGCAAGUAAAAGCCCCAGAGCUCCCUCCAAGAAUCUUAAAGAGCCCCUCUUUUGGCGCGUGUAACACACUCUCUGACAUUCCCAAUCUUCCCCUUUCUUCCUUUUAAUUCAAAGGAAGAAAUUGAAUUGAUUUUUUUAUUAUUUCCGGUUCUAAAUUUCUGGUUUUUCCACCUCUGGAUUCUAAAUUCUGGAAGCAAAGGCCACUAUAAUCUACUGAAAGAUGCCGUCUUGAAGGUUUUACGGGAGCUAUGGAUCUUCAAAAAUUUCCUUCUCGUGAUGCACCUUCUGUUGGUAUGAAACCUUUGAGCUUUCUCAGUAAGGUGCAUGACAAGAAUCAACCUGAGGAUCUAGAGACAACUUAUAUAACUCAUGCUAAGGAGCCUGAUGCGGAUAUUGACCUCAGAGAAGUAUAUUUUCUUAUCAUGCAUUUUCUGUCAGCUGGCCCAUGCCAUAGAACUUGUGGACAGUUGUGGAACGAACUUCUUGAACAUCAACUUUUACCUAGAAGAUAUCAUGCUAGGUAUUCAAGGAAGGGCAUGCACAGCGAGGAUGAAAAUGAUGAUGGGAAGUCAUUUCCUUUAAAUUACAAUAUGCUGGUGCACAGGUAUCCUCACAUUGAAAAUGACCAUUUGGUAAAGCUUUUGAAGCAAUUGAUUUCAAGUGCAGCCCCACCAUCAAGAGGUACGAGUGGUGGAAAUGCUCCAAAUGCAGCUGAUGUACCUACUCUCUUGGGACGUGGUUCAUUUUCGCUUCUGACCUAUGAAAGGGAUCAAGUACACAAUGAAAUGAAGCCCCCUCCUGCUCACAUGCGUUGGCCUCACAUGAAAGCUCAUCAGGUUCAAGGGCUAAGGUUGAGAGAAAUUGGGGGAGGUUUCACCCGACAUCACCGUGCACCGUCUAUUCGUGCUGCAUCUUAUGCCAUUGCAAAGCCCUCAACCAUGUUUGAGAAGAUGCAAUUUACCAAGAGGAUAAGGGGCCAUCGAAACUCUGUCUACUGUGCAACAUUUGAUUGCUCAGGCAGGUAUGUUAUUACUGGUUCAGACGAUCGCCUAGUGAAGAUCUGGUUAAUGGAAACUGCAUUUUGCUUAGCCAGCUGCCGUGGACAUGAAGGAGAUAUCACGGAUCUGGCUGUGAGUUCCAAUAAUGCUUUGGUGGCAUCCUCCUCAAAUGACCAUAUGAUUCGAGUAUGGCGCUUGCCAGACGGACUGCCAAUUUCAGUAUUGCGAGGACAUACUGCAGCUGUUACUGCCAUUACAUUUAAUCCCAGGCCAGGCUCUAUGUACCACCUUCUAUCUUCAUCUGAUGAUGGAACUUGUAGGAUAUGGGAUGCCAGGAGUUCUCAAGUGAGUCCAAGGAUAUACAUUCCAAGACCUUCAGAUGCUGUAGUUGGGAGAAACAGUGGUCCAUCUUCAAGCAUUGUCACACAGGACCAUCAUAUCUUCUGUUGUGCAUUCAAUGCUAAUGGAACAGUCUUUGUCACCGGUAGCUCGGACACUCUUGCAAGGGUGUGGACUGCUUCUAAGCCAGGCUCGGAUGAGUCGGACCAACCAAAUCAUGAGAUUGAUGUGUUAUCUGGCCAUGAGAAUGAUGUCAAUUAUGUACAAUUUAGUGGUUGCGCUGGAGUAUCUAGAUUUAUGGCAGCUGACACCUCAAAGGAAGAGAACACUCCCAAAUUUAAAAAUUCAUGGUUCAAUUAUGACAAUAUAGUCACUUGUUCUCGUGAUGGGAGUGCAAUUAUCUGGAUUCCCAGAUCACGAAGAUCACAUGGAAAAGCUGGUCGUUGGACACGGGCAUAUCAUUUGAAAGUCCCACCUCCGCCAAUGCCUUCUCAGCCUCCACGAGGAGGCCCUCGCCAGAGGAUUCUUCCAACUCCUCGUGGUGUUAAUAUGAUUACCUGGAGUCUUGACAAUCGAUUUGUCCUUGCUGCUAUCAUGGAUUGCAGAAUAUGUGUGUGGAAUGCUUCUGAUGGUAGCUUGGUGCAUUCACUGACAGGUCAUACUGAAUCUACAUAUGUGCUGGAUGUUCAUCCUUUCAACCCCAGGAUAGCAAUGAGUGCUGGCUAUGAUGGAAAAACAAUUGUCUGGGAUAUAUGGGAAGGCAUACCUAUCCGGACGUUUGAAACUUCCCACUACAAAUUGGUAGACGGAAAGUUCUCACCGGAUGGGACAUCAAUUAUUCUCUCUGAUGAUGUCGGCCAAUUGUAUAUAUUGGACAGUGGCCAAGGGGAGUCCCAAGAUGAUGCACAAUAUGAUCAGUUUUUUCUUGGUGAUUAUCGCCCACUCAUUCACGAUAGUUUUGGAAAUGUUCUUGACCAGGAAACUCAGCUUCCAGCAUACCGGCGGAAUAUGCAAGAUCUACUUUGUGACUCAGGCAUGAUACCGUAUGAAGAACCCUACCAGAGUGCAUACCAGAAGCGGCGGUUAGGAGCUCUGGGUGCCGAGUGGCGUCCUUCCUCUCUAAGACUUGCUGUUGGGCCUGACUUCAGUCUAGAUCCGGAUUACCAAAUGUUGCCUUUGGCAGACUUGGAUAUCUUGACUGAGCCUCUACCAGAAUUUUUAGAUGCAAUGGAUUGGGAACCAGAAAAUGAAAUACGUAGUGAUGAUACAGAUUCAGAGUACCAUAUUACUGAAGAUUAUUCUACUGGAGGGGAGCAAGGAAGUUUAAGUUCAAAUCCCUCCAUCGAUCCAGAGUGCAGUGAAGAAAGUGAGGAUGAGGAUGCUGAAAUGGAUGGACUUCGAAGAUCAAAAAGGAAAAAACAAAAGGCUGACAACGAAGUCGUGACUUCCUCUGGUAGGUGUGUCAAAAGAAGGAAUUUGGAUGAGUGUGCUGCCAAUUCAUCCAGAAGUAACAGAGCAAGGAAAUCAAGACAUGGACGAAAAGCUUCAAGAAAGAAAUGUUCCUCAUCAUUGAGACCUCAAAGAGCUGCUGCACGUAAUGCUCUUAGUCUAUUUUCUAAGAUUACUGGAAGAUCUGCAGAUGGAGAAGAUGAAGAUGGAUCGGAAGAUGAUAUGUCAGGAAGUGAAUCCCCAUUUCAAGAUUCCAACAUUGAGAGUGAUGAAUCUGAUAAACAAAAUCAGCAAGGCAAGCAUUCGAAAGGAAAAGAGGUUUUAAUCGAUGAGUCUGAAGACAUGGUUAAACCUUUUGAAGAGUUUCCAGUAAAUACUGGGAGCAGGAGGAGAUUGGUGCUUAAAUUACCAAGACGGGAGUCAAAUAAGCUUGUGUCUAGAGAAAGCACAGUAAAUAAUCGUAGUAAUGAGGGUGAUUUGGUUGACCAAUCAUAUAGAGUACCUCAAGAAGCAAAUGAGAAUAACACUAGUCCUCAGGAUCCAAUGUCCUCCCCAGGUGACGAAAAAUGCAGCAAAUUUGAAACAGCAGUGAGUGGGCAGUCACAGAGAGUAAAAAAUCAUUUAAAUUUCAAAGGGAGAAUUAGUUGGGGAGGGUCCAGAGCACGAACAACAAAGCGCCAGAGAUCAGGAGAAUUCAUGUCAUUGGAUGCACUUGCCAGAGCCAGUGCAGUUGUUGGUCACAAUGAAAAAGACUACACAAAACCUGAAAAUGAUUCUCCUCAUUCAGAAAGCCAAAGGUUCAGGGAUAAGAUGGACACAGUGGCUAUAGGGAAUGAGAAAACCACUAGGGCUAGUACCUCCGAUGGCCUUAAUGGUGAAGUCAAUGUUAAAGAGCAUUCAGAUUUUAGUGAAUGCAAGGAUCACGAUCAAUUGCCUAAAUCUGUUCACAUGGCUCCUUGGGAUGCAAGCACUUCCUUUUGCCUUGAUAAGGACGGGACUGGUUUCUCUUUUGAACAAAAUGAGAAGCUCUUACCUGUCUCAACGAAAUUAAGGUCGAGGAGGAUUUCAAGGGAUCCUAGUCCUUGCAAACAGGAAAUUGACUCUGUGGUAGAGAACAUGGAAAAUGGUAGGACGAUGGAACAGGGUCCAGUUGUGCCAGAGGAUGAUGGAACCCAUAAAUUUAUUCCAGAUCAUAGAUAUGAUGGUUCACGAGAAUCAGACAAUCAAUCUGAUAAGAAUGUUAUUGCUAGCACACAUGAAUCUGUCGAAUCCAGUUUACAAAAAAACAAAAUGUUCAGUGCUGUUUAUAGAAGGGUGAAACCACAUAGGGGUAGAAGUAACUUAGAAGGUGAUAGUGGUGUCAAUGGAGAAGGCUGUUCAUAUACUUCAAAUACAAGCAACCACAAUAUCAUUGCUGGAGACAUUCAGGAUGACACAACUGAUGGAGGAUGCAAGACACGGUCCAUGGGGUUGAAGGCAUCUGCAUGUGAUCCAAGUAGUCCAGAUCAUGAUCCUAAGUUAGCGGAAGGACAUGAGCCAGGUUAUACAUUGAACUGGAUAAGUUCCAUGGAUAAGUUUCAACUUGGGAAUGAAGAACGGGGAUCAAGUUCAAGGACGAAAGUUGGUUUGAGGUCUACUAGAAACAGGAGAAGCAGUUAUCUUGACAUGAGUCCAAUGGAUAAAAGGAAGCCGCAUCAGUCAGGAAAGAAAGUAUCAUGGUUAAUGUUGUCAGCACAUGAGGAGAGCUCAAGAUAUAUCCCCCAGUUAGGGGACAAAGUUGUUUAUCUGAGACAGGGGCAUCAGGAGUAUUUCGAUCUGGGUGGAUUGAGAGAAAACCCACCAUGGAGGUUUAUAAAGGGGAGAAUAAGGGCUGUCGAAUUUUGCAAUGUCCAAGACCUAGAGUAUUCUUCACGUGCAGGGUCUGGGGAUAGCUGCUGUAAAUUGACGAUUCAAUUUGUAGAUCCUUCUUCUGAUGUGUAUGGUAAAUCUUUUAAGAUGACUCUGCCGGAAGUUACUGGUUUCCCAGACUUCAUUGUUGAAAGAACUCGCUUUGACUCUUCCAUGGAGAGAAAUUGGUCGUGUAGGGAUCAUUGCAAAGUCUGGUGGAAAAAUGAGGGCGAGGAUGACGGUAAGUGGUGGCAUGGCAGGGUUAAGUCUAAACAGUUUAAAUCAUCAGAGUUCCCAGACAGUCCUUGGGAGAUGUACACUGUUCAGUACAAGAGUGAUCCUAGUGAUGCACAACUACAUAGUCCUUGGGAGCUUUUUGAUGAAAAUACUCAAUGGGAGCCGCCUCGCAUUGAUGAUAAAAGCAAAACGAAGCUGCAUUCGGCCUUUGCCAAACUAGAGCGAUCAGCUGGAAGUCGUCAGGAUCCUUUUGGGGUUGACAAACUGGUGCAACUUCAACAGAAGCCAAAGUUUACAAACUGGUGUGUGGUUCCGAUAUCUCUUGAUGUGAUCCAGUCUAGGUUAGAGAACGACUACUAUCGAAGCCUGGAAGCGCUGAAGCAUGACUUUAAGGUCAUGCUGGCAAAUGCUGAAACCUAUCUCGAGAGCAACGCGGUCAAACGCGCGUCAGAUAAAGAGCUUUUAGGGAAAUUGAAAUGCCUAUCAGACUGGUUCACACAGACAAUAUCAUCCUUGUAGCUCCCAUUGAUUUGUAAAGAAGUUGAGUCACUAAUGAGGUUGACGCAGCCCAUCUUGAUUUUUACUUCAGUUUUUUAACCCCUUCUAUUCUUUCUUCCUGCGUUUUAGUUUUAUUUUUUAGGUAUUUUACCAUUAUAUCCUCGAGGAUUUUACCAUUGUACCAUUGCUUCAAUUUUGGAGAUGGGUGAAAUCCUUUGGGGUAUUCUGUUUACGAGGGAAGUUGAGAUCUGCUUGUGUAAAUUUUUUUACUGGAUACAUUCUUGUAAAGACAUUCGUUUUUAUUUAAUCACUAAUAACGAAAGGAAAAAAAAAAAGCUUGUGAUUUUCACACCCUAUUUUUUCGGUCGCUCUUUGUUUUCUUGCAAUAUACUUUGAUUUAUUUAAAGAUGGGAGUGCGAAAAUCACUUCCCUUUCAAUACUUGUAUCCACGGCGGGUUUCACCAUUCCCGGCCCAGGAUUUCUCCUAAAAAAUGGCCUUGCCUGUUACCCAUUGUGAUUCAAAAUUGCAUGGAAGCAAAGUAUUGUGGCAGAAACAAAAGUAAUUUUUGAAUCCACGCCAAAUUGGAUGUCAAAGGAUAGUCUAAACAAAUGCGGCAGUGUUUUCAACACAAGUCUUUCGAACUAAUCUCCAUCCUACAGUCACAUUUUUUGGGAACAACAGCUGUUUCCGGUAGAACGAAAACUGAGCGGAUAAAGAGGUGGGCGUGAAUCUUAGUCUCUCCACCUAUGGCCGCAGCUGGGGUUGCAGCAGACGAAGAACAAUGUCAUACCCUCCUCUCCUCUAGCAGUUGCCUG